AUGAGCUUGGGUGACGCUCGAUUUGAUGCAAGCUAUGGUUACGUAUGGUACAACGACAAUGGUCCCUGGUCGACUCGCUUUACAGCCUGGCACAUUCCGGGUCUCUUGCAUCGAAACCAGGGAGAUGACGUUGCCAAUGCUCAGAAGGCAUUACGAAACCUCAUCAAUACUCAAAUGAGCGAAAACUAUACUUCGCCAUGGUAUGGCAAUUACAAGCUCGCUCCAGAUGAACCGAAUCCGACAUAUGUUGGAGAGCUGUACCCGCAGGAGAUCUACGCCACCUACGAUCCGAACUGGAGAGCUUUCAUUGGAUCGGCCAUGGUACAAGCAGUUGCUGAAUUUGAGCAUUUGCUCGAUCCACAACUCGUUCGGGACAUCGAACAGUCACUGGCAACUGCAGCAGUAGGAGAAAUGCGCCGCAAUGGCACGGCCCCGGACAACUUGAUCCUUGGGUACACGAACCCGCAACUCAUUGGUACUCUGAUGAUCGGAUGGGUUGGCGAGCGCUUGAACAACCACACUUUCAUCGAAGAGGCGAACGCUCGCGGUCAGGACCUUUUCGAGCUUUUCACUGCAAAUGGUAGUAACACCUUUGCCGAAUAUAAUUGCCCGACUUACUAUGGCGUUGACACCUUCGGCCUUGCAGCAGCCAUAAAAUAUGGGCCUAGAAAUUCGAGUCUGACCAAGCAUGCACCUUUCAUGCUGACCGAGCUCUGGAAGGAUAUUGCAGACCAUUACAAUCCAUACCUUGGGAACAUGGCUGGACCCGCUAUUGUCGGUCAGUUCUGGUGGGGAAUGUAUGGUUACGAGAAGGCGCCGGUACCCUGGAAAGGUAACGAUGACUUCAGGUACGACCUAGCGCAGGGUCCUUCACUCGCACUCCUCAUGGCCACGGUGAAGAACAUCAUUACUCCAGAAAUCGAAGAAAAGUUGUUCACGCCUCUAAAGACGGAGAGGAUGCUUCGGAAGACGAUUCACCAGGACCUCAAAACGGACGUAGUCCGCUACGCAGAUUCAUGGUUGAGCCACGAUAUGAUGAUCGGAGCCGAGACAUUGGCGGAAGAUUUCAACCGUGGCAAGCAGUUUACUCCCGCAAUCGUGCACUGGGCGUCGGAUCCUUCGCAUACCCCGUUCCCGUAUGGAGGAUGGUUUUCGCUGUACCCAACAGCAUCGACCAUAAAGUCUAAAGUUGAGGCGCGCAGCUUGACCGUAUCAUAUCCCAACACGACUCAAAAGGGUACAGACGUCUUCACAUACAUGAUCUCCGGUAUCCCCCCACCGUGGAACCUCGCUGGCAAUGUUGUGGAUGGAUUCUCCAAUUUGCCAUGUUUGAGCGUGAAUGUUUCCGCACCGGGCUUGGAGCAGCAACCAACGAACUAUUGGAACAACGUAAUCGCAAGCCACUACUAUUACAAUAUCACUUACGUUGUACCUGCGAACUAUUCGGGCGUGCCGACCAUGAGCUUUGAGCUGGAGUACACUUGCUGA